AUGGCUCAACCACAAGAACAGGCGAUUGCCAGUAUUGCUGCAAUCUUAUCGCAAGUAUCUGGUUAUAAGUCAUACAUUGUCGAUCCAUCUUUCGAUAUUGCAGACAAAGGCACUGAAAAAUUAUCAUCGAACGAUACUCUUACAUUCGUUGAUGAUGACCUAUCAAUUAUUACCAACUAUAGCUCCAAGAAACUGAUCCAAUCUCUUCCUCUGUUGGCAAAGAAGGAAUCUUCGAAAAUAUACAACCUAAAUGUGAAAAUUUCAAAUGAUGAUUUUUCAGCUGUGGCUGCGGUGAAAGAUUUGGGAUUUGACGUUCUCAUUUCCACCCAUAUAAGAGAAACCAUUGAUUUCACCAUCCUUGCUUCUUUGCUAAGUAAAACAUCCAAAAGAUCAACCAUCCAUUUCUAUGUUGAAUCAUCCGAAUCUUACGAUAUCACUUACUAUACUCUCUCCAACAUCAAAAAGGCGUAUGAUUCAUUUGAAUCUACCGAAUUGCAUGAUUGUUUUGAUACAUUGAAAUCCAUUGUUGGUAUCCAAUACUCGGAAUUCGAUUUAAUUCAUACUGCUCCUAACACCAAGAACUUGGUAAUUCUUUUAGGUAACCCAGCACAGUUUGCAAUUAACUCCAACUUCAAGGCUAACAACUCUUUGAUUUCCGUCAAGGUCUACAGACCUUUCAAGCUGCAAAAACUUGAGUCUCUAAUCAAGUCUAUUAGGUUUGAGAAAUUGAUCAUUCUUGAACAAUCCUCAAUCAAUUUACAGUUUCAAACCUUAUUCUUGGAUUUAAUUGAACUCUUGCCAGCUUUAUCAACAUCCAACAUUGAAGUCCUGCCAUUGCAAUUACUGAAAGUAGAUUCUGAUAACGUUGAACAGGUUGUUAUUUCAAUCAACAACUUAUCUUCUUCUUCUAGCUCCCCUAUCUUGGGUAAAUCAUUCAAUGAUCACUCUGGUGCUUCUCUUGAAAAGUUUGCAAAGUCCUCGGAUGGUGCCUACUUGAACAUUUUGAGAGAAACUACGGAUGAAAAAUUCCUCAAUAUUUUGAACGAUUUUCAAGUUAAUCCGUCUCCAGACUAUUCAUUGGGUAAAUUUUUAUCCCAAGAAGAACAUUUACAAAAGUUAAUCACGUUAGUUGAAUCCAAUCUUUCAUCUUUUACUGGUGACCUAAACGAUGAGUUGGCUAAUUGGUUGAUCAAGGCAAGGGAUACUUCUGAUGUUUACGAUGGUAGCAAGAUUGUUCAACUUCUAGAGGCUAACAGUUCACCGAUUGCUGUGCAACUAUUGGAAUUGAAGAAAUACUUCACCUUAACACACAAUUGGAUUAUUGGCUCCGAUAACUGGUCUUAUGAUGUUGGAUUUUCUGCAUUCCACACUAUAUUGAAAUCUAAUAAUAAGAGACUCAAAUUGCUAAUCAUUGACUCUGAUUCUUCCGUCAAUGUUAAACAAGGUAAGAAAAACUUGGGUUUGUUUGCUAUGAAUUACAAAAAUGCGUAUGUUGCAUCGAUUGCAAUUUAUUCGUUAUACACACAAGCGCUAACUUCAUUUAUUGAGGCAAACCAGUACUCCAAAGGUCCUGCAAUUGUUCUAGCAUAUUUACCAAAAUCAAACAGUCAUUUGGAAAUGUUGAAAGAAACGAAAAAGUCUGUUGAUACUGGUUAUUGGCCUUUGUAUAGAUUCAACCCAACUAUUGAAGGUGAAGAUUCGUUCAAGUUAGACUCCUCUUUUAUUAAGAGAGAAUUGCAGGAUUUCCUAGAUAGGGAGAACAAGUUGUCAUUACUGGUUUCCAAGAAUUCCAAAUUAGAUUAUAACUUGAAAUCUUACAACAAGAGAGUUAACGAUGAUGUCAAUGAGAAUUCCAAAAACGCAUUCCAAGGUUUACUGGAAAAACUAUCUGGCGCUCCGUUAACCAUUGCAUAUGCUUCCGAUGGAGGAAAUGCUUCUGGUCUGGCUAACAAAUUAAAUAGAAGAGCAAUUAAUAAAGGUUUGAAGGUCAAACUCUUACCAAUGGAUGACUUAUCGAUGGAAGACCUAUCAUUAGAAACCAAUGUUGCUUUGAUCAGUUCAACCUCAGGUCAAGGUGAAUUCCCUAAUGGUGGUAAAACUUUUUGGGAAAAUUUGAAAAACUCAACUUUAGAUUUGGCUAAUGUGAACUUCGCCGUUUUCGGUCUAGGUGAUUCGAAGUACUGGCCUAGAGCUGAAGAUGCUCAUUACUUUAAUAAACCUGUUAAGGACUUGACCAAAAAACUUGAAUUGUUAGGUGCUAAAUUUUUGUGUGAUUUAGGCUUAGGUGAUGAUCAAGCUGACGAUGGUUAUAAUACUGCGUACAAUGAUUGGGAACCAAGGCUCUGGGAAGCUCUUGGUGUUUCGGCAGAAAAUGCUGACGAACCAGCGCCAAUUACCAAUGAGGAUAUUAAGAUUAACUCUAAUUUCCUAAGGGGUACUAUUGCAGAAGGUUUACUUGAUGACUCAACAGGUGCUAUUUCCUCAUCCGACCAACAAUUAACCAAAUUCCAUGGUAUUUACAUGCAAGAUGAUAGAGACAUUAGAGAGGAAAGAAAGAAAGAGGGUCUGGAGCCUGCUUAUUCCUUUAUGGUUAGAGUCAGAUUACCAGGUGGUGUUUCUACUCCUGAACAAUGGUUGAAGAUUGACGAAUUGGCCGAUACCAACGGUAACCAUACUUUCAAAAUCACCACCAGAGCAACUUACCAGUUACAUGGUGUUAUUAAGAAGGACUUGAAGGAUACCAUCAGAAAGAUCAAUACUACUGCAAUGGAUACUCUAGGUGCAUGUGGUGAUGUUAAUAGAAAUGUUAUGAUAUCCGCUUUACCAACAAACAGAAAGUUACAUUCCCAAAUGGAGCAUACUUCCAAGGUCAUCUCUGCAAGACUAUUACCAUCCACUACUGCGUAUCAUGAAAUUUGGCUAACCGAUUUGGGAGAAGUUGCAAGAGGUAUCGAAGGCAAACCAAACAAAAUGAAGGUUGGAGGUGAUGCACUAGUUGAUGCCGAACCACUUUAUUCUCCUGUCUACUUACCAAGGAAAUUCAAGGUAGUUAUUGCUAUGCCACCAUAUAAUGAUGUGGAUGUUUGGGCCCAUGAUGUCGGUUUGAUUGCAAUUGUCGAAGACAAUGAGGUUAUUGGAUAUAAUGUCUUGGUUGGUGGUGGUAUGGGUACUACCCAUAAUAACACCAAAACAUACCCAAGAACUGGUUCUCUUUUCGGUUUUGUUAAGUACGACCAAGUUGCCGAUGUUUGUGAAAAGGUCAUGAUUGUCCAAAGAGACAAUGGUGACAGAAAGAACAGAAAACACGCCAGAUUAAAGUAUACUAUUGACGAUAUGGGGGUUGAUGUCUAUAAGGCCAAAGUUGAAGAAUUGCUAGGCUUUAAAUUUGAAGAGCCAAAGCCUUUCAAGAUAGAAUCGAAUAUUGACUACUUUGGUUGGGCCAAGGAUGAGACGGGACUCAACCACUACACUUGCUUUAUUGAAAAUGGGAGAAUUGAGGAUGUUCCUGGCAAGCCUCAAAAAUCUGGGUUGAAGAAAAUUGCAUCUUACUUUAAGGAGCACAACAGUGGUAACUUCAGGUUAACUGGUAAUCAACAUAUCAUCUUAUCUGAUAUUCCAGAUGCACAUGUCGAUGUGAUCAAGAAAUUAUUGAAGGAGCAUGACUUGGAUAAUUUGGACCAUUCCUCAUUGAGAUUAUCGUCAGGUUCUUGUGUUGCAUUUCCAACCUGUGGUUUAGCAAUGGCUGAGGCAGAAAGAUAUUUGCCUGUCUUAAUUACAAAGCUCGAAGAUGAAUUGGAGAAACUAGGCUUGAGAAAUGAUUCUGUUGUUAUGAGAAUGACUGGUUGUCCAAAUGGAUGUGCUAGACCUUGGUUAGCUGAAGUUGCAUUAGUUGGUAAAUCCUACGGUUUCUAUAACUUAAUGCUAGGUGGCUCCUACAUUGGUAACCGUGUUAACAAACUAUAUAAGUCAAAUGCAAGCGAGGAAGAUAUUAUGUCAGUCUUAGUUCCAAUGUUUGCUAGAUGGGCUAAUGAAAGAUUGGAUGGAGAACAUUUUGGUGAUUUUGUUAUUAGAGUUGGUAUCAUCAAGCCAACCUUAGAAGGUAAAUACUUCUGGGAUGAUGUUGUUGAACAUUAA